AUGUCCACUGACAGCGCACUUCCGUCGAAUCUACCGGAUCCAACUAUUCAUAUCACAAGUCAUGACUCGGAUAGUCACGCCAAAGUGCACUCCUCAUCGCGUAACAAAUGGACAUGGUACCAAGACAUGGGAGUUGGCUUCAACGUGGUCUACACCACCUCAACCUUUCCUCCUUUGAUGAAUGAUGAAGUCGAUAUCAAGUCCCAUGAAGCCGUUAUAGCUUCUGGGGAACUUGGACUUGUAAGGAAGAACGGGACUGUUUGUCGCAUAGUGGAUUUCGGCCCAGCAUCUAAGCCACACAUGCACCGAACUCAGAGUCUCGACUAUGGGGUUGUGCUGUUUGGAGAAAUCAUAAUGGAACUCGACGACGGUAGCGUCACCCAUUUGAAGCAGGGUGACGUUGCUGUGCAGAGGGGAACAAACCAUGCGUGGCGAAACCCGAGCACGACAGCUUGGUCGAGGAUGCUUUUUGUAUUGCAAGAUAGCCAGCCUUUGAUCGUGAAUGGUCAAAGGUUGCGAGAAGAGAUAGGUUCCGCGAUCAAGCAUAUUCCCAACAGUGGAAACGAUGUAUGA